UUUUUUAACAAAAAAAUAUAUGCUGCAAAGCAGCGUCACCUCUAACUUCUUUCCCAUUAUUUUCAGUUUUCUAUUUUCAAUUUUUCACCAGGCUUUCACCAAAUUCACACUCUAUCAAAAGUUUCAAUCACUUCUUCCCACUUCCAUCCUUGCAAUACUAUUUCUUCUGCCAAAACACACUUUAAUCCAAACUCAGUUUUAUCAAUUGGUCUCAAUAAUUUAUAAAUUUAGUUUAUAAAUUGAGAAAAAAAAAAAUCAGAAGAGAGGGGAGUUAGUUAGAGGCAAAAGAGAGGCAGAAACAAAGAAUACAACCAGAUUUUUAUAAUCCAGCAACAAAUGCUUCAAUUUAUUAUUUUUUUUUGAAAAAAUGGUGAAGGACAACAACAACCACAAAACCCAAGGUGAAGAGGUUGAAGGCUUUGGAGUAAAUAAGGGAACAUGAAUAUCUAAAUACCCAGAAUUAAUUUAUACUCAAAGUUGAUAAUUUCUUAGAGAAGUUUAUAGAAAAGAAAAAAAAAGGGAUGAAUUUAGAUGACAGAAGAAUUGGAGAGACAAAUUGGAAGUUGUUUGUGAUUGGAAAAAAAAAAAGAGAUAGUGGGUUGAUCCGACCCGGAUAUAAAACGGGUCCAAAAUUAAUGACCAAAAGUAGUGAUAUGGUGUGAUCAGGUUUAUAAAUGUAAAAACUAUUACAAUCAAUCCUAGCCAUCAAAUUGUGGGCACCACAUCCCUAAGUUGCAUUGAUUUGUAGGUGAUGCAUAUUAGAAGCCACCACAAUUAUUAAGUUUGACAAAAAAGUGAAACAUUAUCUUACAGAGUUUUGUGAAUCAUCACUCGUGUCACAAUCUUAACCGCUAGAAAUCAUUGUCACAUAGUUGUUAUGAUGUGAAAUCACACAUUCAUUUGUUCACAUGUUCAUAAUGUCUUUACACUCUUCACCAAGACACGUAUUUUCUCAUUUAUGUAUUUCUAAACAAUGUGUACUAUGAUACUACUCUCUACUUUAUUAUCUUCACAUUAAAUUUCAUUUCAGUGUUUUCAACCCAUUUUUUGUUAUUGUAAUUGUCAUAUUUCUACCUUCUAAUCAUGGAUGGGUUCCACAAAGUUUUUAUCUUUUUGCUUCUCAAAUUUGGUAUUUUUAUGAGUCAUGUUCUUCAUCAAAAACUGCAUUGUACUAUUGUAGAUUUGUAGCAUACCCUUCAAGAGAGUUUGAGUAAUUUCUUUUUCUUUUUUUUCCAUGGAGAGAAAUUCUGUUGAUUAUAGUCCUUUGCUUUCUAAGCAAGGUGAUGACAAUGGUGGUUAUGUUGGAAAAUUUUCACCUUUUGUUGUUUCAGCUACCAAAUGGAUUCUUAGGACUUUGAUUUCUUUGAUUUUCAUUUUAUGGGCUGCUUUCUAUUUUCUGUUACCAUCUGUACCUGUGCAUGAUUUGUUCUUAAAAUGGCGUAAUUUCAGCGGUGGAAGUUAUUUUGGAGCCACAGGAAGCAUUUUAUUGAUUCUCGAUGCUCCUGUUCUUAUAAUUGCAUUCCUUGCCAUUGCAUACCUGAUUAUUUCCGGGGAGGAUCAGAUUCCUGAGAAGAAGAGUUCCAAGUAUCCAAGAUUUCGCCUAUGGACUUUUCCUCUGCUUAUCAAUGGACCAUUUGGAGUUGUUUCUGCUACAGAGUUCAUUGGAAUAAUCAUUUUUUUAGCAUAUGUUAUUUGGGCUUUCUCUGCUUAUGCUGUGCAGGCUCUUGCAACUAUAUCUGAUCAGUUAUCUUUUAGAGCCAAGAGCUUGCACAUGUUAGAUUUUAUGGGACUUCGUUUGGGUAUGAUGGGAAAAAUGUGCUUGGCGUUUUUAUUUAUCCCGAUUUCAAGGGGAUCUGUUCUUCUCCGCUUUAUAGAUAUCCCUUUUGAACAUGCUACAAAAUAUCAUGUAUGGCUAGGACACCUCACAAUAGUGCUUUUUACACUCCAUGGACUCUUCUUUGCUAUUGAGUGGCUAAUGGAAGGUCGCCUAAUUCAAGAAUUAUUAGAAUGGAAAGAUAUUGGUGUUGCCAAUCUAGCAGGAGUUAUCAGCCUUGUAGCUGGUUUGUCUAUGUGGGUGACCUCGCUUCCUGGAGUGCGAAAGUGGAAUUUCGAGUUGUUUUUCUACACUCACCAAUUAUAUGUAGUCUUUAUCGUGUUUAUGGCUUUGCAUAUUGGAGACUUCAGUUUUUCUAUGGCUGCUGGACCGAUAUAUCUUUUUAUUCUUGAUCGGUUUCUGAGGUUCUGCCAAUCAAGAAGGACAGUUAAUGUAGUCUCGUCGAGGUGCCUUCCUUGUGGCACUGUGGAAGUGGUUCUGUCGAAACCUCAAAAUUUGAGAUACAAUGCUCUAAGCUUCAUUUUCCUUCAAGUUCGGGAAUUAUCGUGGCUCCAGUGGCAUCCAUUCAGUGUUUCUUCCAGUCCUUUGGAUGGAAAGAAUCACAUUGCUGUUCUCAUAAAGGUUCUUGGAAAAUGGACAGGGAAAUUAAGAGAAACAAUCACUGAUGUUGAUGCAUCGGAAGAUUUAUCUGUUAAGCCUAAUACUGUGGUAACAGCUUCAGUUGAGGGGCCAUAUGGACAUGAAGUACCAUACCAUUUGAUGUACGAAAAUCUUAUAUUAGUGGCUGGUGGUAUUGGACUUUCACCUUUCCUUGCUAUAUUAAGCGAUAUUCUCCACCGUGUGAGGGAUGGGAAACCUUGCCGACCAAGAAAUGUUUUAAUUGUUUGGGCAGUCAAAAAAUCAGAUGAGCUUCCACUUCUUUCGACCGUUGACAUGGAAACAAUCUGUCCACGCUUUUCAGAUAAAGUGAAUAUCAAUAUACAUAUUUUCGUCACUCGAGAAUCAGAUCCUCCAUUGGAAGAGGGAUACAGUUUCAAACCAAUAAAAUCUUCACUUUGUCCCUUUUCCAUGCCUAGUGAUUAUGGAAUGUCUGGUUUGGUCGGAACAGGAAACAAUUUUUGGUUUGGACUAUAUGUCAUUUCAUCUACCUUAGGUUUUGUGAUCUUACUUUCUUUGUUGAAUAUUUACUUUAUAAAUCCAUCUGGUUUGGAAAAAGAGUGGUACAAAGGGCUACUAUUUGUAGUUUGCAUGCUUGCAAGCGUUGUUAUUUUUGGCGGUAUAGUGGUUGGAUUUUGGCAUAUGUGGGAAAAGCAAAGUUCUUUAAAGGAUAAGUCCGAUAACAUCAAGGUUGAUCAAGUCGAGCAAAAUGGCUCGGUAGAUCAAAAGGAUCCAAGUCAAGACAAUGUUACAAAGUUAACCGCUGUUCGUUAUGGUUCUAGGCCAGACUUUAAAGAGAUUUUUGAAUCUAUGUCGGAGAAAUGGGGACAUGUUAAUGUUGGUGUUAUAGUUUGUGGUCCUCGAACUCUUCAAUCAAGUGUUGCACAAGAAAUCAGGUCUCAUAGUUUGAAAAGAGAACCCUAUCAUCCCAUCUUCCAUUUCCACAGUCAUAGCUUUGAUCUCUAGUGUCCUCCCUAUGAUGGAAAGAUGGAAAACAUGCCUUCACAAAUGGAAGAGUAUGCAUAAGUAUUGUAUAUAUAGUAGCAGGUUCUUCUACGAAGAUUAGUCAUCGGUUAAAUUAGUAAAUGCUCCGCACUUAUAAUAUGGUAGCAAAAAAUAUAUAUAGCAGCUAUUCAAUUAUGUAAUCCAUUGUAAGAUAAGGUAUGUUAAUCUUUAAAAGGACUAUAUAAGGCACUAUAAGUGGGAUAAUAUUGAUUCCUCCUUAUGUGAAUAUAUCAUCACAAGAUUAUA